CCAAACACAAAACAUAUCUAUAACUACUGAUGGACAUUUCUACCCAGAGAUUUGCCAUGAACGGAAGAAGUAUGAGACUACCUCCUGGGUUUCGGUUCGAUCCGGAUGAUGAAGAUCUUGUUUUCGAGUAUCUAGCCAAGAAGGUCCUCCACCGUCCGAUGGACUUCGACCUCCCUGAGCUCCGUUCUUGCAAUGUUGAUCCUUGGGACUUGCUAGGAGAUAAGAACACGGAAAUGUAUUACUUUGUGAAGAAGGAAGAGCGAGAGAAGAAGAGAAGAGAGACGUUAUCCGGUUACUGGGAAGAGUGUGAAGAAGAGGAAGUAAUGGAAUCUGGAGAUCGUGGUUGUAAUUAUUUAGAAGGAAGGAAAAAGACAUUUGCUUUCUAUAUUGGGCAAAGACCUCGUGGAACAAUAACUCCAUGGAUAAAGUACGAGUUUCGGCUUCUUUCCUCUAGGGCUACACGGUGGUCAUCGUCCUCUCUGCCUCGCGGUGCGGUAGAGAACUGGAGAGCGGUGAAGGUGAUCGUAAAGGAAGAGAAUGAGGAGGAGAUCGAGGAGGAUGAGCAGGCGUCGGAUGAGUCAGAUGGCGAAGAGGUUGUUCAAAGCCGGUGACGACCGAUCGAUGUCAUGUUGAUGCCACAUGUAUUAUGUACGCAAAUGGUUUUGUAAGUGGCAAAUCAUUUGAGUUUAGUUAGUAACUUGGUACUGAUAGAAUAUAGGGAAGUAUCUUAGAUGAAAAUGAGGCUGCUUAAUUUGUCUUAUUGGCUUCCAAGCCUUUUGGAAUGUAAUAGAGGAUGUGUUGCGACAUGUGGCUUUGACUCUCCUGUCUUAUUUAUCUUCUCCCAAAUAUAUAUUUAAUUAUCUAUUAUCCUAUCA